UGGGUGUUGUACACAUUUCACAAACGCUAUACGAACAUGUUGAUUGGUUUUGUUUUGACAAUUUCUGGAAGCUUGCACAGUCAGGUUCUCAAAGUUGCGUGAUUGAGCGGCUGUACAAGAAUAUACGCGGUUAAAAGGGUGUUUUUCUUCUACGUCUACGCUCUAAAGUCAUUGGAACUCGCAAUCAGGAACAAAUAAUCGUUGGGGAAUACAGCCAGUGUGAGAUUUGAGUCCUGAUUGCAGGAGGAGCUGACCGCCUACUCAAGAUGAGCAAUACAACUCCAUUUAGCGAGCCUGAAUCAAGUGUAAGCCAAGAUAUUCCGUACGAGGAACCUACUGCAAAAGUAGCAUUUGAACCCCUACCAAAAUGGGACCAAGCAAAAGAAACCUGGCAAUGGGUUUGGGACCUCCACUGGGCUGGAUUUGGGUCCCUUUUCGCACUUAUAGCGCUGUACGCUCUUUGGUCACUAAUUAACCUGGCGAAAAGGAAACACAGACGGAAACCUCUUCUUGCGAUGGCGAUAAGCUCACUUCUAUUCUUGUUUGGUUCCUCGAGAGCUGCGUUCUUCUUCAUCAACCCAUACGAGUCCAAAGAAUGCUUUCUGCCGACGAGUUGUCCGGUCAUAUUGACCAGAACAUUAUUCGGUAUUGCGCUUCCGUGCAUCACGGCUUCGUUUUUCCUGGUCCACUUAGCAUUUCUCCAGCUAUCGAAGCUUACCCUGUACCCUGAAAAACUACAAAGUGUGAAGUUUGUGAGUUGUGUGAUUACUUUCCACUUCACACUUGUGUUAAUCACAGAAAUCGUGAUAUCACUGUCAGCCGACUGGAGAUCAUUCAGCAUAGUUUGCGAGACGUUCUUCAUGCUCCUGAGCUUGAUUCUGUCUGCGAGUUUCAUCUACAGUGGGAGAAUAAUUCUCAACUCUGUGCAUGAAACACGGUUGUCUGUUCGACGGUUUGGAAGCCUUCACAGCAAGGACAGUCCUCCCUCGAAUGUUGCGAAACUUGUCAAGAUAACUUACAUUACAGUGUUAUUGGGAUUUUUUAGCGUUGGGCUACAGUUGUACUCGAUUUUUUUCAUGCACAACAUGUAUUCCAAUGAAAAAUCCAUCAUACCUAAGCCGUGGCCAUGGUUAAUUUUUCAAUAUUUGUUUAGAUGUGUGGAUCUUGGGCUUGGAUGUACAUUAGCUUACGUGAAUCCUAGACAAGUUCCUCACAGAAGACGGUCGAGAAGCACUAUAUUUUUGAGAAACUGCAAGCUGAUCGCAGGGUCGUCAUUAUAUGUACAGAACAAUCAGAGCAGUGCUGAGAGCGGAGAUCUAGCCUCACCGCCUCCUACUGCUAAAACUUCCGUGCGGACGCUGGUUGAGAUUGGGAUUGAAAACGAAGGAGGCAACUUCAUCUUCCAUGAAGAAGAGGAUAAAAAAUAACCGGUUUAAUAAUCUACGAAAACACGUCUUUAAUAACCCUGCUUUGAGAUGGCAAAGAGGAGAUAGAGACUGAGAGCGCAAAACACAUCAUAAACAAACUGUUCUGACUCAACCCGUGGUAUUAACUCAAAACGCACCUGUUUCCGCGUGGCACAAACGUGCUCAAUCGCAUGCAACACUGACAAACAUAACGAAAACUGAUGUGAAUUCAGGUUUCGUUGAAAGUGAUAAAGAUCACCUUAGACAUGACCAUAAUAUUCAGUGAUAAAGAUUAAUAUAUGAAUAUAUUAAUAUAUGACUUGUGAAUGACAAGUGACGAGUAAAUUAAUUAUCAAGCGUAAAUAGCAACGAAGAAGAAAUUGAAAUUGCGCGAAAACGUUCACUCCGCAGGGUAAUUAUGGAGUAGUCAAAACUAAAUCGCCGUAGGCACACUGGAAGACCUGUGAAAAAUGUUUGACUUCGUUGCAUCGAGACCUGUUAGACGGUGAUAACUUGUCCACUAUAUUGUUGGGUAACGCAAUAAGUUUACGUGACGAUCAAACAACUAUCUUUAGGUCGUUUCUAUUCUUAGAAAUACAUCAAUAAGUAAAAAUUACUCUAUGAAUUAAAUAGAACGUAUUCAAGUUCUAAUCAAAAUAUGUAAAUAAAGGCAAAAGAAGGGUAAAGGCUGACAGAAAAAAAAGAGUUAGAGCACCAUGCAUGAAACGAAAUAAAAUCACAU